AUGCAGUUCAGCGAAGUCACCGCGAAAGUCUAUAAAGACCAAGCCAUCUUCUUCCUCAACGCCUUUUGGGCUGAGUGUGGAAGUGAGGCGGAAUACAUCUGGAAGACAUGUGGGUUAGUUGCGGAGUUGGAUGUUGAGAAUGGAGUUGCUGGGUGCAAACUUGAUGAGUUCCAGGCGCACCGACUUUUUGAGAAGGAGAAUUUGUCGAUGUCAGUCACAGAGAUGAGACAGAAGUUGAAAGUCACUGAUCCGAAGUUUAAGAAGAUUGCUUAUAUUGAAUUCUUGCUCCAUAAAUAUCAACAAACAAUUGAGGAACUUAUGAAGAGACCACAAGGCACUAAUGAAGCCCUUGUUAAGGCUCAAAAGGCUAUGGAAGACGUGCAAGUUGAAAUCAAGAAGAUCGAAGACAAAAAGAAAGAACUCGAGAAAAAAGCAGCCAGUGGAAGUGGUGUUGCUGCCAUGAGAGCUAAAAAUGAACUCGACCAAUUGUGCUCAGCUGAUAAGACUGAAUUAAACAAAGCUUUGUUGACGGCUGAAGCUCAAGUGAGAAAGGCACAGAAGGCUGGGUCUGAUGGCGAUUCCCCAGCUGGCGCUUUGUGGUGGUUAGAAAGAGAAUUGACAGAAGCCAAAAAGUACAAACCUCAAAAGAAAGGUGGUAUUGCUAAGUAA